AUGCCCACCCCGGAAUCCGCCGCCUUCCUGGCCAAAAAACCCACCGUGCCGCCAACCUACGACGGCGUCGACUUUGAGGACAACGUCGCCGUGCACAACGCGCGCGACGCCAUUAUUCGCGAACAAUGGGUGCGCAGUAUGAUGGCACGGCUGGUGGGCGAAGAGCUGGGCAAGUGCUAUGCCCGAGAGGGGGUUAAUCAUUUUGAGAAGUGUGGGAAACUUCGCGAGAGAUAUUUUGAGUUGCUCAAGGAACGCAAGAUCAAGGGCUAUCUGUUCGAAGAGAAGAACUAUUUCAGCAAGGCCGAUUCGUCAUAG